AUGUGGGAGCCCAGCCAAGAGUUGAUCAUGCAUUAUAGAAGCACUGGCCAAGAAGAAAAACUCACAGAGCCUAAUAUUAUCCAGCAAAUCACUUUUACCUGGAUGAAUGACUUGAUUGUCAACUCUUACAAGAAUAAAACCGUUACCAGUACAGAAUUACCCAAUAGCCCUCAGGAGGUAUCUAUUGUGUAUUCUGCAAAAAAAUUGGGACAAUAUUGGCACGGAGGAAACUUAAUAACCAGCUUAUUAAAGGCUUUCGGAACCGGUUUGCUAGUCUCGUUUGCAUAUGAGUUGGGCGGAAAACUCUUGAAUUUUGUCAAACCACAAUUGCUAAGAUUGUUGAUAUUAUAUUUUGACAUCAAGAACCCACCGUUUUUAGAGGGAUUAUUGAUUUGUUUUGCAAUAUUUGCCAGCUCCAUAAUACAAACAUCCUUGAACAAUAAGUACAUGUUAAAGAAUCUCGAGAACGGAUUGAGUGUGAGAAGCUCAUUGACAUCUUUGAUCUACCAGAAAGCUCUUGUGCUAUCGAGUGAAAGUCGAUUAAAGGUGUCAUCAGGUGACAUUAUCAAUUUAUUGUCUGUGGAUAUUAAUCGAGUUCAGCGUGUAUUGUUGAACUUGAGUACUUUGGUAUUAGCUCCAUUCGAUCUUGUUUUAUGCGUCGUGUCACUUUGGCCCCUCUUGGGUAGUUCCACAUUGGCUGGGAUUGCUGUAAUGGUGAUUUUAAUACCAGUGAAUGCAAUUUUAGUACGCUAUACAAGAAGACUAAAUAAAAAACAGAUGAAGCUAAAAGAUUCACGAACAAGAAUUAUCAACGAGAUAUUAACUUCAAUCAAAAGUGUUAAGUUAUAUGCAUGGGAAAAACCAAUGUUGCAUAAACUAUUUGAAGCUAGAAAUAAUAAGGAGUUGAAAAACAUGCUCAAAAUCAAGAUGUUGAACUUAGUUUCCAAUUUAGUAUGGUACAUGAUUCCUGUUUUGGUCAGUUUGAUGUCGUUUGGGUGUUUUGCUUUGACCCAGGAAACUCCAUUGACUUCUGAUAUUGUGUUUCCUGCACUAACAUUAUUGGGCUUAUUGUCUGCGCCAUUGUACGAAUUGCCUGCAGUUAUAACCUCGAUUAUUGAAGCCCAGGUUGCAAUUGGAAGGAUUAGAGAUUUUUUGACUAGUGAAGAACUUGAUGAGAGUUUAAUAAAACGGUUGCCUAAACUCGUUUCUGGUGCAAAGGAUGACAAAAUGGUUGAGAUAAGCAAUGCAUCAUUUUAUUGGACUCGAAAGAGCUAUGUUGACGAGGAAGAAGAGGAAGAGGAAGUGGAAGAGGAAGUGGAAGAGGAGGAAGAAAGAGGGCAUCAGGCUGAUGCUCAUCAGUUGCACGCGUUAAAAAAUAUCGACUUUAGCGUAAACAAGGGCGAUCUUUCAUGCAUUGUAGGCAAGGUUGGAAGCGGCAAAACCUCUUUGUUGUAUGCUUUGCUUGGCCAGAUGGUUGUAACGAAAGGAAAACGCGCAGAGCCCCCAAAUAUUUGCAUUCGUGGCUCUAUAGCCUACUGUGCGCAAACUCCUUGGAUCAUGAAUGCAUCAGUAAAGGAAAACAUCCAAUUUGGGUGCAGAUUCGAUGCAGAUUUUUACAACAAGACUAUUGAUGCAUGCCAGCUACUGCAAGAUUUAGAAGCAUUACCUGAUGGAGAUGACACACAAGUGGGAGAAAAAGGUAUUAGCUUGUCAGGGGGUCAAAAGGCAAGAUUGGCGUUAGCCAGAGCAGUUUAUUCCAGAGCAGAUAUCUACUUGCUAGACGAUAUACUAUCAGCAGUUGAUUCGCAUGUGGGGAAGAAAAUUAUUGAUCAAGUUCUUAGCAAAAGUGGACUAUUAGGCUCUAAGACAGUAAUUUUGUGCACAAAUUCGAUAUCGGUAUUAAAGUAUUCUGAUCAUGUAACAUUGAUCGAUGCCGGUACUGUUGUUGAGACAACCACAUAUCAGGAUGUGGGAGAGUUGCAACACCCAAAGCUAUUCUAUUGGAUAAAAAACUUUAGCAAAGACACAAAGGACUUUGAUUCAGAUAUUUUGUCCCCCCCAACGGCACUGAUCUUAUCGUCAAAAAGCUUCUCUUCUGCAGAAGAAAACAAGUCUGUUGUGGUUGCAGAUGAUAGCGAGACGAAAAGUUUGAGGAGAGCUAGCAUUGAAACGUUUCAAUGGGAUCCACUAGCGAAGUUAUUGCCUAAUUUGAGAUCAGGGCAAUCACAAGAGGAGAGCCAAAAAGGAAAAGUGAAAUGGUCUGUUUACAUUGCAUACUUCAAGGCUUGCUCUGUUGUGGGAAUCGUGAUCUGGCUCAGUGUUUUGGUUGUGAGUAACAUACUAUCCAUAGCGGGCAACUAUUGGCUCAAAUAUUGGACGGAAGAAAACUCAAAGUAUGGUACAAACAAAAACGUUUGGAGAUUUCUUCUGAUAUAUGCGGCACUCCAAGUAGGCUCUACUUUAUUGUCAAUAGUUCGAUCUGCAAUUAUGACUUUAUGGCUCGGGUUGAAUGCAUCAAGAAGAAUCCAUGACAAUAUGGCGAAGCGAGUUUUGGCCGCUCCAAUGGAAUUUUUCGAACGAACGCCAGUGGGCAGGAUCAUGAACCGCUUUACGAAUGAUAUAAACAAAAUCGAUGAUGGCAUUCCAUUUGUUUUUCAAGGAUUUGUCUCUCAGAUUACAAAAACAGUGUUCACUUUAAUAGUAGUGAGUAUUGCCAUACCCGCAUAUGCAAUUGUUAUUUCAAUUUUAUCUGCGAUAUACAUUUACUACGAAAUAUACUACGUUUCGAUUUCAAGAGAAUUGAAAAGGUUGGUUAGUGUUUCGAGGUCACCUAUUUAUGCACAUUUGGGAGAAAGCUUGAAUGGGAUAGACACUAUUCGUGCGUAUAAUCAGAAGGAUAGGUUUGGCUUUAUUAUGAACAAAGUAGUAGAUUUCAACCUCAAAUCACAGUAUAUGCUUACAUCUAUAAAUCGGUGGUUGAAUUUUAGAUUGCAAGUAGUUGGAGGUUUGGGAGUAUUGUCAGCCUCCUUGAUGUCCGUUAUGAGUUUGCGAACUUUGCAUCCGCUAAGUGCAUCCAUGGUGGGUUUUGUAAUGACUUAUGCUUUACAAGUUACAGGUUCUUUGAAAGUAGCGGUAAGGAUGUCAGCGGAGGUAGAAACAAGCAUUGUUGCAGCGGAGAGAUGUCUAGAGUAUACCCAGCUAGAAGUUGAAGAGGAAGAAGGAGCGGGAGCAGCAGCAAACAAAAGCUGCUUGAUACCUCCUAUUAAUUGGCCAAGCAAGGGGCGAAUCGAAUUUGUGAAUUACUCAACUCGUUAUAGGAAGAAUCUUGAUUGUGUUUUGAAAAGGAUCAAUAUGACGGUGCAAAAAGGCGAGAAAGUGGGCGUGGUUGGUAGAACUGGUGCAGGAAAAUCAACCUUGGCUUUAGCAUUAUUCAGGAUUAUUGAAGCGGUUGAAGGAAACAUCUUCAUUGAUGAUAUUAACACUAGCGCGAUAUCAUUAUACGAUUUAAGACAUAACCUAAGCAUUAUACCACAAGAUUCUCAACUUUUUGAAGGGACGGUUAGACAAAACUUGGAUCCUUUUGAUUAUUAUACGGAUGAAGAAUUAUGGGACGCUUUAGAGCUUGCUCAUUUGAAAGGUCACAUUUUGAAGAUGAGAAAUGAAGGGCCCGAUGAUCGACCUACAAAGGAUGAAGGUGGAGGUGAAGGCGGAGGUGGAGGUGAAGGUGAGAGUGAUGAUAGAGCUGAGAACAAGUUGUUGAGUAAGGUAUAUGAAGGAGGGUCGAAUUUUUCAUCUGGACAGCGUCAAUUGAUGUCACUCGCUAGAGUUCUUUUGAGAAUGAAGCAUUCCCAGAUUUUGGUCCUAGAUGAAGCCACUGCUGCCGUGGAUGUAGAAACGGACAAGAUCAUACAAGAGACAAUACGAAAACAGUUUCAAGAUAAGACCAUCAUUACAAUAGCUCACAGACUCGAAACGGUAAUGGAUAGCGAUAAAAUAGCAGGUUUGGAUAAGGGAGAAUUGCAAGAAUAUGACACGCCGCAAAACUUGCUUGCAUCAAGAAAAGGAGUAUUCUACACCUUAUGUAAACAAGGAGGAUAUAUAACCGGAGAAACGUAA